AUGGUCUGGGGCCUAAGGACCAAUGGGCUGACAUCCACACAGCGGGUGAAGGAGGAACCUACUGUACCCGCCUUCUUGCAGCCAGCCAAUCGCUUUUGGAACAGGGUAGCAGCCCUGCUCCGUGCCGAGCUCAAUUUUUACCGUAUUCACGUCCUCUUCUUCGUCUUCGUCCCCCUGAUCGCCGCGUGCAUCUUCUGGGGUUCCAAUGAAGACAACAACAUUCCCUUCAUCGACUGUUACUUUGUAUGCGUCUCCGCAAUGACAGUCACAGGACUCGUCACCAUCAACAUCUCCACAGCUACAAUAUGGCAACAAGUCAUCCUCUUCAUUCUCAUGUGGAUCGGCAACAUCUCUGCAGUAUCCGUCACAAUGAUUGCCGUCAGGCGACACUUCUUCAGAGUCAAGUUCGACCGGGUCAUCAAAAGCAAUGCUGCAGCUAGGAAGAGGGCCCAAGACGUCGAGCAGGCUCACAACCUCGAGAAGCGCAAGGAGAUGAUCAGGCUGCGCAGAAUGAUUGGCUUGGGUGGCAAGCAUAGGCAUCAUCGCUCUCCCGAUGAUUCAGACGAUGGACUGUCCCCCGCUACGACUUCCUCGACGCAAAGGAUGGCAGAGGCUGAGCUAGAAGCCGAGAGACUACAACGGCUCAAGAAGAAGAAAGAGGUCACCAAGAAGAGAAAAGGCCCUCUGACGGCCGACAUGGUCGUGCGUGUUGAUCAGCCCGCCGUGCUGAUCAACGGAAAUGGUAUACCCUCCUCUGGCAGGAACAGUCCCCGUAGGUCAAUAGAGGAAGAGGACGACAGCAGACGCCCCAUGCCAGAGCAGUCGACGGUUCAGCAGGGUAGCAUUCUCAACACGUCCGAGGAGCAUCCUCAUGCUGGAUCAAGCGGGGGCCAGCAGCCCUUUGUGCGCGUCUCGUCGCCCCCAGAGCUGUCAUCUUUGCAGACACAGCGUCGGAAGAGCAUCUUGAGCGCCGAGGAUGGCUUGACCGAGUCGCCUCAAGAGCUGCGUCAGUCUUCGGGCAAUAGUAAGAGUGCCACACCCGAAGUGGCAAGCAUCAGAUUCGAAGAAGGCCUCAAUCCCGUUCGCUCACACCAGUCAGAGGGCAAGGGCAAGGACGAGGCCGAGGGAGGCGAUGCCACCCGAUCCCCCGGCUUUCCCUCUCUUCCUCGAAUCGAUCAAGGCAGAAUGACCCACUUUGAUGAAGAUGCCGUAGCGCCCAGCACGAUGAGGCGGCGGCGAGGCUCAGAUCCCUCUGGGGCUGACCGUGAGCGUACGAGAAGGGGAUCCGAGUCUGCUCUGAACCCAAAUUCUAUGCGUCCGUAUGGGCAGCUCAGGAGUGGAGCAUUAGGCGCCAAUGGAGGUGAUAGGAUGCCACGAUCGCAGACGAUCGAAUUUGCAGAUCCUCCUCGCGUGGCUCCGGGUGACAGGCGGCGCUUUCAACAAGAACACCCAGAGCGAGGAUAUACCACUGGGGUGAUACCACCAACUGGUGUCGGAAUGCAGCGUCAAAGGACCUUGGACCGCACUUACACUGCGCCUGGGUUUACGCCCCUCGCAAUGACUCGUACAACCACCAUGACUGCGAAACAGCGUGGUUUCGGCGGCUUUCCUACUCCCUUCGAGAUUGCAGGCAAUGUUCUCUCGAAAGCGCUUCCACGAGCCAGGGAGAAGCUGAUGAGGUCAACAACGAUGCCUCGUACCGCGACCAUCGCCUCUACUCAUGCAUAUUCAUUAGGUAAAGAGACCGAUGCUGCGUCCAAGACGGCACCGUACCUGAGCUUUGACGUUAGUGUCAGCGGCAACUCAAUGUUCCACAGCUUGACAGAGGCUCAGAGAGAUGAACUGGGAGGCGUCGAGUACAGAGCUUUGGACUUCCUGGCAAAGAUCGUACCUAUCUACUUCUUCGGCGUCAUCUUCUUUAUGGUCGUCCUCGUGGCACCCUAUCUGGCAAGCAGGUCGUUUGACAAGUAUCGGCCUGUCUUCGAGUCUCAAGCUCCUCAUGUUCCCAACACUACCUGGUUCUGGUUGUUCCAGACGAUUUCAGCCUACUCAAAUACCGGAAUGUCUCUGAUCGACACAUCGAUGACCAAUCUGUCAGAUGCCUACUUCCUGCUCAUCCCGAUGGGAAUCCUUAUUCUCAUCGGAAACACCGCUUUCCCCAUUUUCCUCCGAUUCUGGAUUUGGAUCUGCUCCCUAUGUGUCCCCAAGGAGUCUCGCUCGUACGAGACCUUGCGCUUCAUCCUCGAUCAUCCGCGAAGAUGUUUCGUUUACCUCUUUCCCUCAAGUCAGACCUGGUUCCUGCUAGCCAUCAUCAUCGGUCUCACAGCGACAGACUGGAUUGCUUUCGAGGUACUCGAUAUUGGCAACCCACAGCUGGAAGAGAUUCCCGUACCUCAACGGAUCUUCGACGGUCUCUUUCAGUCUCUCGCAGUACGAGCUGCUGGAUUUCAAGUGGUAUCUUUGCUUGAUAUUGCACCGGCAGUACAAUUUCUCUACGUCGUGAUGAUGUACAUCUCCGCGUAUCCUCUGGCCCUGUCGGUGCGAAGCACGAACGUCUACGAGGAGAGAUCUCUGGGUGUCUUUACAGAGAAAGGCGGGGACGACGACGAGGAAGAGGAGCUGCCGUCAACGGCAAGUGCUCGAAAGUGGGGAUCCUACCUGAGUGCACACGCACGUCGGCAGCUGGCCUUCGACAUGUGGUGGCUUGGCUUUGCCCUCUGGCUCGUAUGCAUCAUCGAGCGAACGCAGAUUCAGGAUGCAGACUCAAAUGGCUGGUUUACCGUCUUCUCUUGUCUCUUUGAGCUGACAUCCGCCUAUGGCACAGUCGGACUCAGUACCGGCACGCCCUACGACAACUUCAGUUUGUCCGGCCGAUUCCGCACACUGAGCAAGCUGGUCGUCAUUGCGACGAUGACCCGAGGCCGACAUCGUGGUCUGCCGGUAGCAAUCGAUCGAUCUAUCCUGCUGCCCAACGACCUCGAUGAGCAGGACGCUGCGGAAGAAGCGUGGAGCAUUGUUGAAAAUGAGAGGAACAGGAGCAUGGACGUCUACAGGAGCGGCUCUAUUCCCUUUCCCACGCCGUACUACCAAGGCGGCGAGAGGGGUGGGAUCAUGGAGUCUGACUACAAGGAGAAUUCUCCCUCACCUAUGGAACGAACCCCUUCGCGAAUUAACUCAGACCCCCAAUCUCAGUACACUGGCUUCGCUCCUGUGUUUGGACUGUCAGAAAGUCGCUCGCCGGAAAAGCCCUUCUAUCUUGACGCCAUCAGGGAAGACAAGGGCGCUACUCCUCAGGACACCCCCAAGGGCGAGGAAGCCCCAUACACCGCAUCGGCGCCGACGACGACGGCGGCUGACACCUCUCCCUCUGUGAGCAGUCUGGAAAGCGGCCGUACCACUGGCAGUAUCAAGGGCAAAGAGAGGCAGCGAGGGCCGAGCGAGGCUACGAUCCUCACACCAUCGAGUCAGAGACGCAGCAGUGGCGCUGAUGCUGAUCCUGCUGCUGCUCCUCAGCUGCGCACAGCAGGGGUGGAUGAUGCAGAGGGCGACGAUCCUCAGCUGCUGGAGAGGUACGGUAGCUCGGGCGACCGCAUGACCGAGGGCCCCAAGAGUGCCUCUGUGUCUGACGAAAAGGAGGCUUCAUGA